AUGUACCAAACCCUGGUGGUGCCCUGCCUUGGCGAGGUGUCCCCCUUGAAAUUCAACGCCCUCCUGUCCUGCCUCGCUGGCCUCGCCUUCUUCAGCGCGUGGUGGCUGCUGAUCGGGCUCCUGUCCGACAACCUGCUCUGCUACCAGGAGUUUUUCCCCGCGCUUUUCUCCAGCAUGGCCCUCGUCCUCAUCAACAUUAUCCCCACAAGCCUCAUCCUGGAGCCCCAGCUGCACUACACGACGAAGUGCGGCAUUCUCAUGUCGCGGACCUGCCUUUUCAUCGGGUUUAUGAUCGCUUUCGGCGCCCUAAUCGGGGCCUCGUACAUUCUCAUAAACAACUACCUUUUGGAUAAAGCAGAGCUGAACAAGUGGCCCGGCUGGAGCGUGUUUCUGCAAAACUUGCUCAUUUUCAGCGCCACCCUUUUGCUAAGGAGUCGCAAGUCGCUCGAGUAUUUUUGA